UGGCGAGGAUGAUCAUUACUGCUGUAAUAAUAUUACUUGUUUACAAUACUGURAAYGCUGGAAAAACACGCUUCCAUCUUCCAAAAGUAAUCAGGGAUAAAUUUCGCAAGCUUCAAGUUCUUGUCAAAAGAAAUGGUGAACCAAGAGGAGAGCCUUUUACCCCUCUCAUUGCCAAGCCCCACYCUUCUCAGCGCGUUGYCAUCGUCGGUGCAGGACUGGCAGGGCUCCACAUGUCGUAUCUGCUCAAARAGAGGGGCUUCAACAAAGUUGUUAUCCUUGAGAAAGAAUCCCGAAUUGGUGGCAAAGUUAUGAGUGUAUGGCACGAUGAAUGUCCACAUGAAUUGGGUGCCGUAUACACCGGGUCACAUUACCAAAAUAGUAUAUACGCMCUUGCAAAAGAACUUGGUGUGGACGAGUUUGUUCCUCGACCACAAAACGUUGGUGUUUGGCUUGAUCAUCUACCGGUGCCACUUCCAUUCUCACAGUAYAUCAUAGACACAAUUAAGAAAUUCACGAAUGCAAGUAACACUUUUGAAGCUGUUGAAGAACUUCUCGACGCAGCUGUACGCUAUUCUGUUCUUCAUCGACGMUUGUUUGGUAAAUAUGAGGGCGAAUUAAUGCAGAAGCCAUGCAUUCGAGUUCUCUCWCACUUAAACCAAACGUUUAUGUCUUACCUAACUGAACAUCGCCUYCUUGCUUUGUCUCCAAUCUUGAUURCAACUCAUACUAUCCAAGGUUACGAUCAUCUUGAUGAGAUUUCAGCUUUAUAUGGCCUUCUUUGGAAUACACCUGAUUUUUUACAAGGUAUGAUAGCAUUGGGUCUCGGAAUGGGAGGCAGAAGUAAUAGUGAUAUGUUUCGUUACGGYUUCCAAAAGUUAACAGACAAACUUGCAGUAUACGCUGAUAUUCGCCUUAAUGUGAAUAUUGAGAAUAUUCAAAGAGGCUGUGGUGGCAUAACUAUCAGWUAUACAGAUGACCAAGUCAAUUACGCAAAAACUGAGAAGUUUGAUUUCCUAAUUUGGGCAGCCGAUYCCCGUGAGGCACUACAGGUACUCAGUCAAACCUCAAUUUUGGAAGAUGAAUUUUMUCAUCUCCGGAAUACCUGGUUUACUGCAACUUUGUUCGAAUCUAAGGAGCGAUGCCUUGCCUCACCACCUAUAGAAUAUUGGAUGGGCAAUGUUGUCAACAAAAGGGAGCACUCUGUGUGGGCACGUAGAAAUUCAAAGUUGGCGRUCAAUGGAGGUGACUGGCCAACAACAGAGGCUCUAAAAACCCCAAUCUCAUUUAUAUCAUACCAAAUGGGAAGCUACGCUCCUGUUGAAACGUCUUUAAUCAAUGCAAAGUUUAMGAAACAUUUCCAGGAACGUCAUGGCUUGGAUGACAUCAAUGUCAUUGACCGAAAAACAUGGAAUUAUUUCCCCCGCUUUUCGACGAACAAAAUUGCAGAAGGCAUUCUUUGGGAGAUUCUUGAAUAUCAAGGAGAUAUGAAUACWUGGUACAUAGGUUCGUCUGUGAUAUUUGAAUCGGCUAGGAGUGUGGUGGAAUACAAUCAACUCAUGAUGAGGAGAAUGGAUUUGUGACCUUAUAAUUCUUCGUUUGCAYAAUACGUCACAGCAACCAUCAACAAGGAUUUGUCAUUAGUAUCUAUUUGUUCAUUCAUCCAACAUGGUCACCGGUUUUUGUCUUUUGAAUUUCAUGGAAAUGGUUGAAAAUGAUGCAAUUAGACCUUAAUGYUCUCGCUUUAAAUUAAAGAACAUCAGCAUGAUGAGGCGUCUCCCAGUGAUUGAUUGGUGUAGAUUUUCUUCCUCAACCUCAGUUAAU